AUGGUUGCUCUUCUUGCUGGAUGUUCUGCUGGAGGGCUGGCUUCCAUACUUCACUGUGAUGAAUUUAGAGAACUGUUCCCAGAAGAAAUUAUAGUUAAAUGCCUCGCUGAUGCUGGCAUGUUCCUUGAUGUAGUUGAUGUGGCGGGGGGGCGCAGCAUUAGAAACUUCUUCAAUGGUGUGGUUACUUUGCAGGGAGUGUCAAAAAACCUACCAGAAUACUGCACAUCAACAAUGGAUCCAACUUCGUGCUUCUUUCCCGAGAACCUGGUGGCAAAUAUUAAAACCCCACUUUUUCUUUUAAAUGCAGCAUAUGAUGUAUGGCAGCUGUAUGAAAGUUUGGCUCCUCCCAGAGCUGAUCCCGAAGGCUACUGGACUGCAUGCAAAGCAAAUUACAACAAUUGCAAUUCCAGUCAACUUCAGGUCCUGCAAGAUUUUAGACAGAGGAUGGUUGAUUCUGUAAAAGAAUUUCAAUUGCUUCAGAAGAAUGGGGUUUUUAUUAAUUCCUGCUUCGCUCACUGUCAAACAGAGAGGCAGGAUACUUGGCAUGGACCUGCUUCUCCAGCCAUUUCCAAUAAGGGGAUUGCCAAAUCUGUAGGCGAUUGGUACUUCGAGAGAGCAGUGGUGAAGGAAAUUGACUGUCCCUACCCGUGCGACCCAACCUGCCACAACCUUGUUUUUAAUGCAAGUAGUAUAUUUUUGUGA